CCGUUAUGGCCGCUCAGAUUGAAAAUCCGUAGCAGCAAAUUCGGCCUCGUUUAAACCCCCGCAGGACUCAAAGGCUUAAAUAGCAACGCCCCAUUUAAACCUCUUCGUAUAAUCCUCCCUCUAUAUUAUAGCAUCCCCUCCCCCCCAUAAAAAAAAGGCAAAUUCCUUCGCCAUGGCAGCAAAAUUGAGUCGCAGUUGGUCGUUCUUUAGAGGAAAACAGGAGGAAAGUAAUAAGAAUUAUCUCCACGAGGAUUUCCAGCCCCAGGAGCCGCAAAGUCGAGUGAAUCUGCAACAGAGGUUUAAAAGGGACGAGAAAAUGGUGUCCAUGAGGAACCGGCCGCUGCCUCCGCUCCCAACGGCACACGAGGGAUACACAUCAUUAUCCAAACAGGGAGAGGAAUCCCAGACUCACUUCCAGGCCAGUCGCAACAAGAUCCACAGUGACAGCAACAGACAAAAUUACAAUGGUCACCAGAGCACACAACAGCCCAGUGGACAGACCGCCACCACAACCACCAGCACCUCCAAUUUCCGCUGCCGUCAGCCGCUUUCCAACCUUCCCUCAGGGGUGCUUCCUCUGUCAACGGACAUUGUUAACCAAGUGCGACCUCGAGCUAACAGAAUGAUCCAGGAGGGAGGGAAGAAGGUGAACCGUGCGCUCCAGGGAGUUAGGACUUCAUUGUCGUCAUUCACACAGAUGUUCCGCAACUCAACACGCCGCAGGUACAAGCUGGACGCAAGGACACCCACGCACACCCCGAAGCACAAUUCAAACCGCACCCCAAGGAAAACUCCAGGCAAACUCUACUCACCCUUCAACAUGAACACACCCGUCACACCCCACAGCUACUUUAAGGCUCCCAAGCGACUCCAGACUGCUACUCCAAGAAGGAAUGGCCCAGGAAACGAGAACAUCCCCAGAGCCAUCACACCCCAGGCCAACAGAGCCCCCUUGGUCACUCCCAGCCAGUGGACGCAGUUUCACUCUCCAUCACAGAAGUUCGACCGGGAUGUCUUGGCCAUGAGGAGUGGGAUUCAGGACCUCGAGUGCGUGACGACAAGAAUACUGAGGAACGGAAAAUUGCAUUAAAGACGGAGAAAUUGCGUGGACUUGCCGAAGGGGUAUUAAUUCGCACAAAGAAGAUAUCACGUUUGAUUUUUUUUGUUUAUGAAACUGUUGUUGAUUGAUUUGCGCAAAAUUUAUUGGUCUGUGUGUUUGCCAAAGGUCUAGAGAGCCAAAGUAAAUUAUGGCUUGUGAUAUUCAAGCUCUGCAGUAUUAUGUAUGGAGAGACUUUUUUUUUAAGGCAUGAGGAAUCUCAUUACAUUUUAGGUACACUUUCAUUUUAUUUUCUAUGAAAAUGAAAUUACAAGAAAUAUGGGUAAAGUCAUGAGGAGACUUUAGACUGGUAGUUCCUAUUCUUGGUGAUUAAAUCCCGUUCAAAAGAGCUGUUCAUUUCAGUAUUAUGUGAUGCAAUAAUCUUUGUACCUUGUAAAGAUUUGUUCACAAUUGGCUUACAAUGAGCAGCGUUUCCCACCGACCCCUGUAUUCUCCACUGUUUAGGGACUACUGUUUCAGUUUGUUAAUUCAUUUUUAUAUAUUUAUUUACUUAGACAAGAGGAAAAGAAGAUAAGAAAGCAUUUGAACUUAAAGAUAGGGGGAACUGACGAUGAGUCAGAAUGGCAAUUUAUUUAUUUAUUUUUGUAUUUCCCCCCCCUCUUCUACCUUUAUUUUAAUUUUGAAACUGAUUUUGUUUUUUGUAAAUAUGCACAUACAUAUAUACACAUUUAUAUAGGUGUAUAUAUACAUGUAGUAUAUAAGUAGAUAGAUAUAUAUAUAUACACACAUAUAUACAUACAUAUAUAUAUAACCUUAGGUAAAUGCAUGCCUAGAACCGUAUACACCAAACUUUUUGACAUCAUUAUAUGCAGAUGUUAAGUUUUUAGUAAUGACUUUUUUGUUUUUCUUUUUCUCUUUUCCUUCAAAUGUAUGCAUGGUAUAAUUUCAAAAGACACUUGAAAUUGCACAUGUUUUAUAUGCAGCUAUAUUUGGCCUUACACAAGGCUUCAUACACAAAUUUUCAUUGUGACAAUGUAAAAUGAAUCUUUAUAGUAAUUAUUUAAAUUCAUAUUUUAUUUUUAAGUUGUUGCUUCAUUUCCAGAAGUCUAUUUGUGAUAUUAAGUUACCAUGCGAUUAUUUGCUCUCUAACAGUAUUACUGUGUUACCUGAGAAAUUACCUGAAGUAUGUUACAGUUUUUAGAAUAAUUUAUAUCUACUUAACCAAGUAACAUUGACCACAGCAUAUGUAACAUGUAUACUAACAUAAAAUGAACCACAGCCUCAAUAAUGUCUGUCUCAUAUUAUUGUGGCUGUGUUUCAUGUUUUUAAAUUGAAGUCUUCCCAUUUGAAGAUUCGUAGACAGUAAUGCUUUGAAAAUUCCAAAAAGUUUCAUUAUGGCUAAUGACUGCAUCAGCUAUGUUCUUCCACUGUAUGAUACAUAAUCAUGUAUGUAGAAACAGAUCUGUAGUUACAGGUACAUUAAAACAUAUUAGUGCAUAAA